GAGCUUCUAAAAAACAGCGCGACUCGACUUUUCACAAGUUCAAGCCAACUCUUCUCAUUUUCUCCUUCUCCUAUCUCUCAACUUUUCAACAUCGGUCUUUCUUUUUAAAAACUCUUACAACAUGCGAGUCGAGGAUUUCGUUUUACCAAACAGUAUUGAAGAUUGGGUUAGUUUGCGGAAAGAAAUUAGCCGAGAGUUUCAUUAUCAACACUCGCAGGGGAGCAUGACACUUGUGAUCUUGCUCAUGAGCUCACAUGUCAUGUCGAUGAUCCUAUUUAUGGUGAGUGCUAUUAAGCACAGUCGGACCAAGGACAGUACCACCUCCAUCAUUGACUCAGAAGGUUAUAUUCGCCCGAGAAUGCACACAACUACACCUGUCUUAGUGGCCAUAUACUGUACUAUCGCAUUUCUGGCACUUGGUUCCUUUUUGCAUGAAUUGAAUGUAUGCACGGCCAGUCUUCAUAUGGUCUCCAUAUCUUUUGGAUUGAUCAUGGCUUGAGAACAAGUCAUCUUAACGGCUUACGCCAUGCCCUCUCGAAAGUAUCGAUUUCAAACCAUGAGUUGGUCUCCACGAAGCCGAAAGAUAGAAAGACACAUUCUGACUCCCAAUCAAUUCAACUUCAUCAUCAUCGCUGGGGUACUUUUUCCUUUUGUGGUGCCGGUAAUCUCAGGCAUUCCAGCCAUCAAGAGCUUUGCUCGUGCGAACGCCCAAUGGAAGGUAUUUGAUACGAAUUGUCACGAUUUCAUUCAUUUUCUGAAAAACACUUCAGUCCCUCUUGACUCAACAAAUAAUAUCUUAAAAAAUACCAAGGAAACACAAAUGUUAUUGCAACUC